AUGCGGCGCUGGCGCCUCGUCGUCGACCAGCCAGCGUCGUCCACGGCGCCGACGUACAUCGUGCUUGGCGACAUCCCGAUCCAAGCCAUGCACGACGGAAAGCGCAACCGCAACGCUGUCAUGGACGAUCCUGUCGGCGUCGCGGUCAUCUGCCACGACGACAGUGCGCCCGUGGACCUCGAGCAACUCUCGGCGCUGCGCUGCCGCCUCGCCGCCAUGCAGCCGGGCCUCGACACCGUCUUCUUGACCAUCACAAACGCAACGUACAGCAUCCAUUACUAUGCCCUGCAAGCGAGCUUGGGCGUCUAA